AUGUGGCGAUACGCGACGCGCUCAAAGGAUGUAUUAAAAUCCUUCAACCGGAUCGCACUCAGGUUUAUUAGCCCCAAUGUUCUAAAACAUUCGCACACACGAAGGCCUAAUCGUCUGGGUGGUAUCGCCCAGCUUGGUUCAAUGACGGCCGCUCGGCUUCAGUCGCGUCUCUUGCCCCACGGGGGCCGCACGUAUCCAAGCUCCGCUCGCGUUAUAUAA